UUUCGGUCAACGACCUAAACGCACUACAUUUUGGGUCUUUAUGAGGCCAUUCACCAUCUAGAGAGCAUCCUGGGUCUCCAUGACAACGCACGCAUGGUUUCCGGGCCGCGGCGGCCGGCCUGGAGCGUGCGCAUGCGCGGCGCCGACGGUGGCGGCUCGUCCCGGCUUCCGUAGCGGGGCCGGCAUGGCGGCGACGGUGCUGCAAGAGCUGGGUGCACUAUGGGGCUGGAGCCUGCGGCGCGGGGGAACGCCGGCCCAGAGAAGGGGACCCGUGUGGCGCUCAGGAGGGGCAGGUGGCUUGGAACUGCUGAGGUCGUGGGAGAGAAGUCCAGCAGAGCCAGCUGCUGAUUGCUCUAGUCCUGAACUAGAGCAGAACGUUUGCGAAAUAGUCUCAGGAGUCAGUAAGACCUGGCUUCUCUCACCUCGUGCAGUUCCUCCCCAGUCAUGCAUCCACUCGAGCGCUGCCCUGGAAGCUUCUAAAAGAUGGGAGAAGAAGAAUGCGGUUGUCUACCCACCCCAGCUGCCCGGCGAGCCUCGGAGGCCAGCAGAAAUUUACCACUGUCGGAGACAAAUCAAAUACAGCAAGGACAAGAUGUGGUAUUUGGCAAAACUGAUACGAGGUAUGUCCAUUGACCAGGCUUUGGCUCAGUUGGAGUUCAGUGAUAAAAAAGGGGCCCAAGUAAUUAAAGAGGUUCUCUUAGAAGCACAAGACAUGGCGGUGAGAGACCAUAAUGUGGAAUUCAGAUCCAACCUGUAUGUCGCCGAGUCCACAUCCGGGCGAGGCCAGUGCCUGAAGCGUAUCCGCUACCACGGCAGAGGCCGCUGUGGCAUCAUGGAGAAGGUCUACUGCCAUUACUUUGUGAAGCUGGUGGAAGGCGCCCCACCGCCCCCUGAGGCACCGAAGACAGCAGUGGACCACGCCAAGGAGUACAUCCAGCAACUUCGCAGCCGGACCGUCAUUCACACUCUGUGAAGGAGUCUGGCUCCCCACGUGUACACCCUGCGUUUAUUUAAAAUUAAAAACAGAUGCUUUUUA